UGUCAUACGUGAUGCCAUGUGUCAAGUUACCGUUCUGUGGUGUCAUGUUGACGUGACUGUUUGACAGAAAGGUUAUGGUUACAUCUACAUUUGUGCAACGUUACAGUUCAGUGGUGACCAGUGAAAAAAGACACGAUGUUUUUGAACGAUAUAGACCCCCAGUUUAUCAAAUCCUUAAAUUAUUUGUACACCAGCGAUAAUUUAAUAAAAGGAGAAGCAGUCCCGUUGCAGUUUUACCUCGAAGAAGCGAUAAAAAAUAAAGUCGGAAUAACAAAAGACCUCUCGGGUGUAGUAACAUCGUCUUUUAAACAGAGAAGGGUUACCGAAUUUAAACCCUUCAUUAACACACUCGAAGAAAGCAAUGGUUCCAGUUCAGAUAAAGAAUUAGAGUUGGAUUUACUUAAAGAAGACUUAAUGUGCAUUGUAUGCAAUGGAAUGGAUGUGGGGGCGCGGAACCGUUUAUUGGAGUGUUCUGACUGCCACAUGCUGUACCAUCAAGAGUGCCACAAACCCAUCGUCACGAAUCAAGAUUCCUUUGACAGUUGGAUUUGUCAAAACUGCAAGGAUGCCAGUAAAAAACUUAAAUUAACGUCAGCCCCAACCGUUUCCUCUACGUCGUCUCAUGGAAAAAUGUCGUCUUCGUCUUCCUCGUCGUCAUCUUCUUCCGUGUCGUCAUCAAAGUCCAACUCCUCGUCGCACCGUCAUUCCAGUAGCAGUUCUUACAAGUCGAGCGCCUCUGACUCGAAAAACGACAAAUAUUCAAAAACAAGUACAUCUAGCUCAAGUAAAACUUCAUCAUCAAGUACAUCAAAACCUGCGUCUACUAGUACUUCUCGCACAAAUGUUACUCCUAACAUUAAUAUCAUUAGCGCUGAUAAACGUAUUCAGAUUAUGAAAAAGAAAGCCGCUAAACUUCAAGAAAAACGUUUGACACGCUUGGCUCGAUAAAACGUAGAUUUGAUAUUACGAAAAUCCGACAGGAAUUUAUAUUGUAAUAUUUAUAUGUACCAAGAUAUUUAAUAAAAUCGUAUACCAAAUUUCGCAGUUAGGAGUCACUCAGUAAUGCUUGUUGCGACAAUGUAUACUCAGAACGUUGUUUUUGUUCAAGGUCAAACUCAAGUCUUAAUCACGUGACCACGUAACCUUAAAAAAUAUAAUUUCAGCUAACCUGAAAAUUACCAUCACGAUUUUUGCACUUAAACCUUUCUCAUGUGAUGCACCUGUUUCAUUCUGAGCAUCUUACAGGCCAGGUUUCAAGGUUGUGGACCCAGCCUAAUUAUGUUCGCUUGUCCUCAAUGCCAAAAUGAAGACCCUAGUAAACUAGUGGACGUACGGACCGAUUAAAGUAAUGUUACAAAAAACCUGCAGUGCCCGAGUUCCAAUUAGGACUUAUUUAAUUAACAGUGGGAAAUGGACUUAAGUAACACUGUAUAUACUUGCUUUUUGUUAAAAAUGAAAAUUUUAAUAAAGAUCUGUUUCGUUGAUUAA